AUGAGAUUAAUGUCACUCAUUUUGGCCGAUGGGUUGGAGAAAGAAGCAAGAAGAAUUAUAGCUUCUGAAAAUGCCUUUGAUGCUCUUGCAUUAAACCCUGUGGAUGCAAAGGGUGAUGUUGUGUUGAAAAGAUACGAGGAGAAAGUCGCUCCACUUCGACGUUUGGUGAGGAAUCGACUGGCAAUGGAGGCUAAGGCCCGACUGGAUCACGCCAAAGUACUUCUUCUAGAUGACGCUCUUCGCGCUAAGGAGUUAAUUCGUUUCAAUGAGCAAAAACGAAGUGCCAUGAAGGAAAGGGAAGAGUUACAGACUCUUGAAGCGCGAACCAAAUUAUUGGAACUUCGUGCGGCAGCGCUUUUACAGUAG